AUGACCGUGUGGAAGUCUUCUGAUCCAGAAACCGUGAUUUCCACGACGCCACUUCAUCAGAAGUUCUUCGAAGCUAUGGAAAAGACCAUCGCCAAGGAUCCUCAACACGUCGCUUUUGUCCGUCUUUUUCCUUACCCUGAUUUUUAAAAUUUAUAUAUUUUUUUUUCAAAUCUUCCCCUCCUUUUUUCAUCAACUAUUUCAGAUCAAGGCCGAAAAAUUGGAUUGCAAGACGAAAACGAGUGAUCUUUUGAAGCUUUCAAAGCAAGCUGCCGUUUUUCUGAACAAAAUGUAUGUUUCGCAAUUAAAAUAAAGUCUCGUAUUUGUAUAUAACCGCUUUUUCUACGACAAAAGUCCCUUUUUUCAAUUUCGAGACAUUUUCGUACCCUCGGGUAUAAAUAAGUUCAGAAUCGGAACUUCUAUACGUUUUAUUGAAUUUUGAAAACGUUAUCACUAAUCAUGAACUUGAAAUGAGAUGACGGUUGCAAGAGAAAAAUCACAUUGAAAAUUCAACAUUUCCCUAAAAAAAAGUUUCAGUGGUUUCAAAGCGGGCGAUGUGGCGACGAGCUUCGCUCCGAACACGGUCGAGCACGUCUCCUACAUUCUCGGCGUGAUGACGUCUGGAGGAGUCAUGGCCACGACAAACUACACCUUCACCACAGGUUUCAUCGAAAUUGAUGUGGAAAACCCUGAAAACUGUUCAGAGGAGGUGAACUUCCGACUCAACGACUGUGAAGCUUCUUUGAUUCUGACCGAAGAAGAUCGACUUCAGAUGGUUCUGGAGGCUUGUAAAGGGACGAAAGUCAAGGUUCCGAAUUUAAAAACGAUCAACAAAUUUCGUUCAAGAUAGAAUCCAAUUUUUGCGCUUUAAAACUGCUUCUUUUUAUAUCUCUCUGACUUCGUCGGCGAGGGAACAGAGAGACGCAGACACUCGAAAAUUUUCAAGUCCCGGCGAAAAGACUUGAUCAAUUUUCAGAAAGUCAUCUGUGUUCGACAAUCCAACCAACCUUUGCCCAAAGACGUGAUCGACUAUGAAGAGGUCACUAAAGUGGAUUCCGAUCUGACUCACAUUGUUACCAAUUACAAGUGAUUGUAACACUGGGAAGAUGCUAUAAAUAGUUGUUUUUAAGCCCAGAUUCAGUGGUAUUUAUUCCUUAUUCCUCUGGAACCACUGGUCGCGGAAAAGCCAUUCUCUUCUCCCACAAAAACUUGGGCACAACGCUUGACAGCAUGUGCUGGUAAUACUUUUAUCACUGAGGUUUUUGAAAAACUAAUAAAUUUUAAAAAAAAACGUUUUUUGAUAAUAAUCCACAAGUUAAGGCACAGCAAGAAGUGGGACGAAACGAUGGGCAACGAGAGCGAUCUCAUUUUCGUGCAGCAGCCAUUGUACCACAUGUCUGGGUUUUUAGUCACCUUUCAGGUAAAAAUUGAAUCUAGUUUGGAGUAAAUUCGAAUAUUCCAGGGAAUUUUGAACGGCCGGACAGGGAUUCAUCUAAGAACCUUUGAUUUUCCGCUUUUUCUUCAAACUAUUCAAACUUUUAAGGCGAGAUUUUUCUAAUUCAAACUUUCGAGUUUUGGCUCGACGCGUAUUGACUGAUUAGACGUUGAAUUGAAUUUCUAGACGUUAUAGUUUUUUUUUUUCGAAAAAGGCCAAAUGACUGAAUUUUCAGUUCAUGUGGGUGUCAGCCAAUCCUAUGCUGCUCCGGCUUCUCACCAAGCAUCCAAUCGUCCCAAAAUUCGACCUCAACUCACUUCGAAUCGCUUUUUGCACUUCGGCUCCAUUGGGAAAGACCCUGGCUCUUGAAUUUCUGAACAAGUUCCCACAGGUCAAAAUUCUGCAAGGUUAGAUAACUCCCAAGCAAGAAUAAUAGAUUAGUUGAGGCUACGGGAUGUCAGAAACGGGGAUGAUGAGCCACUGCCCCGACUUUGACCAGAGUAGGGACGACUACAUGUCUUGCGGUAGUGUCUGCUCCUCUUUUGAGUGCAAGGUUCUUGUUGGGAAGAUGAGAUAAUUGAUACGGAGUAUUGUAGAUCAUGGACUCUGAAACGGGAGACGAGCUCGGAAUAAAUGAAGCUGGCGAGAUCGUGGUUCGAGGUCCGACAGUCAUGCUUGGCUACAAAGACGCCGAGGCGACGAGAAAGGCCAUUCUUGAUGGAUGGCUCUAUUCUGGUAGAACUCUUGAUGGAGUUCAUUAAUCGCUAGCUUGGGUAGAAAAAAAACGGAAAAACGAACAAGCCUUUGAUAAAUUAGGUAACCAGGAGACUUAAUUCUGGUGCAGACUAAUCGCUUUUUUUAAAUUUUGGGAACAAAAUUUGCUUGUGAGGUCUAUGAAAAAAGUUAGAAAGUCCCAAAUUGAAAAAAAUGGCCCCGACAAGGUUGAAAGUUGGGUCAAGCUGUCCGUGAUGUUCACGAAAAAAAAAAUGCUAUUUUUUCAAUUUCUUGAAAGAGAGGCAAGUUAUGAUUUUUUAAACUUGCUCACUUGUUCCAGCAAGCAAGUCGGCACUUUUUCUGUCGCCUUUUUAUUAUUUUGUGAAGCCAUAAAUCUCCACACUGGCUCUAGGCAAAUUUUAAGUGAAUAUUUUGAAUGCAUCAAAUAGGCUUCUGAGAAGCUUCUCCUUACUAGGUAAAGAAAAUGAUUUUUUUUCACAAUUUAUCAUCAUUGAAAUUUUCACUGACCAGUCCUUAAUAAAUGAAGUCUCAAACAAAAUAUCCCAGGCGAUGCCGGCUAUGUGGACGAAAAAGGUCGGCUUUUCUCUGUGGAAAGAGUUAGUGACCUCAUUCCCGUCGGUGAAUACAAGGUUUUCAACGUGUAAAAUCUUGAAGAGCAUCAGGUAUUUCCAGGUAUCACCAUCAGAGAUCGAAGACGAACUCAUGGCGCAUCCGCAGAUUAUGGACGUCGGUGUCAUGGGCGCGCCGAUUUCAGAAGGAAAGGAACAGGCGCCAUUUGCAUUUAUCGUUCGCAAAGUGGAGACUUUGACUGAGGCCGAUGUUCAUGAUUUUUUAAAAUGUACUGGGAAAGUGAUGAUAGAUACAAAAAACAGUGCUGCUAUAUUAAUGUGCUAUUUACAUAACUCUACAACCUCGACAGUAAAGAGAAAAAUCGAUCUUUAGGUCAAGAUCUCUCUUUUUUUCAAAAUAAAAAAAAUUUUAGCUCGGCUCCCAGCAAAAACUAUCUUAAAUAAUAGCUAACAUCAUAAUAAAUUGUUUUUGUAUCACUACAAAUUUCUCAGGCCGCCUAGCCGACCACAAACAUCUCAGCGGCGGAAUCGAGUUCGUUGACAAAAUCCCAAGGACUUCAACUGGCAAAAUCAUUAAGAAACAGUUGAUCGAGAUGUUUGAAAAGGUUCACUUAAACAACUCAAGUUUUUUUCUAACCAAAUGAUCUUCAGAUACGCCGUUAAAUUCGAAAUUUCUGGAAAUCCCUUUUUUAAUAUUAAAAAAAAUUGUGUGAUAAAGUACAUGCUAAUGUUAAUGAAUGGCUUUUCUUCUAAAUGUCUUUUGCAAAAAAGAGCCAUUUUCGAACUACUAGAGGUAAGAUUAUUUCGAAAAAAAAAGCUCUGACCAGCUUCAAAAAAAAACCGUGAAACCCACCUUCAUUCCUUUCAAAAAUAAUGUUAUGGAAGGUUCUCGUCUACUCCCGAGUUACCUGCCCGAGAAUCAUUCCCCGCCCAAUCAGUGGACUUGCAAAGUUGAACUCGUCAUUUUAUUCAAGGAGUUUCCACUCGGUUGGUUCCAUUACUAUCGUUUCUAUCAAAAUACUUUGAUAGACCCGUCGAUCUUUGAUUUGGCGCUCAAAUGAUCCCGAUACACCAAUUUCAACGACGCCAGUUCACGAGAAGAUCUUCCAAGCUAUGCGGAAAACUAUCGCAGAAAACCCAAAUCAUAUUGCGUUUGUCAGUUUUGAAAGAUAAGCCUCAAAAAUAUCUAAAAUACACUAAAAAUUCAAGUUUUUAAAUUUUUUUUUUCAAAGUUUCUGGAAAAUACUUAAAAAUUUUCAUAUGUCUGACUUAUCGCUUAACGCUCAACAACUGCAGUUUUUCCUAGUUUAAAAAAGCUUCCUUCGAAUCUACAGGGUUUUUAGUUCUAUCGUCCAUUCACAAAAGCAGCUUUUAAAAUAAUAAUUACAUCGGACAUUCAUUAAGCUGUCCUUUAGUGAUAACUCUUUCCAUCGAGUCUGGAAAAUUUUUAAAGCACCAAAAAGACUGUUUCAGGUGAAAGCCGAAGAUUUGACAUCAAAAGCCUCAACAAAAGAUCUACUAAAACUCUCGAUGCAAACGGCCGUUUACCUUAAUAAGAUGUACGUUUGCUAUUUGGAAAAAAUGAAAAUAAAAAAUAUGUUUAGUGGUUUCAAAGCCGGUGAAGUUGACACCUGCUUCUUACCGAAUACCAUCGAGCAUAUCGCCACUAUUUUGGGAACUUUGGCCUGUGGCGGCGUCGUCUCGCCUUCUAACUACGCUUUUACGCCUGGUGAUUCAAAAUACGUUGGUCGCACGGAGAAUGGCUCAAAAUAUCCGAUGCGACCGACCAAAACUACUAGCGCGGGCCGGGAUAGGCACGCUCGAGUAGAGCGGUUCGACAUAUAUAUGGGGCCGCUGCGCGACCGCGACGCUUCGAGCCAUUCUACAUGCGUUCAUAAGCUUCAGAUUCAGAGAGAAUAAAGGAUGUUCAAUUCCAGAAGAAGCCAGCAACAAAUUGAUCGACUCUGGAGCAACAGUUAUCAUUGCUGAAGAGCCCAAAAUCGGAGACAUUAUCAAGGCUUGUAAAAAUACCGCGGUCAAGGUUCUGACUCAUCUCAAAUCGAAAUGACAUUAAAAAACUCCUUCAGCACAUUCUCUGUGUCCGGCAGUCGGAUGAGCCGUUGCCCAAGGGCGUCAUCGACUUCCAGGAAGUCACCAAGGAGAACUCUGAUCUGAGUCAUAUCAAAUUUGACUAUGAGUUCAUUAAACUAUCGAUUCCAGUACGAUAUAGUCUCCUUUUCUAGUUCGGAAUCGGUGGCGCUGAUGCCGUUCUCCUCGGGCACAACUGGAAGAGCCAAGGCCAUUCUUCUCUCUCAUAAGGCUAUGAGCACGUCUCUGGACAGUAUGAGCUGGUAUAUCAUUCUACCGAUGAUGAUUCUCAGGUAAAAUAGGGAAAUUUGAAGGCACAGCCAAAAAUGGGACGAGGUGAUGGGCAACAAAAGCGAGAACAUUUUUGUUCAGCAACCUUUGGCUCACAUGUCCGGGUUCUUGGUCACUUUUCAGGUAAGAUUAUUUCAUCGUAAAAGGAUGGAUCUCAUAAUUUAAAAAAAAGUGGGAAAGGUUAUAUUUUAUCCUAGGAUUUCUUUUCUUGAAAGCCUUCUUAGAAACUUUAUUGAAACCGAAGGUUUAUCUCCUGUUAAGUUGUUAUUGGCAAGAUUAAAUAAAAUAUAUUUAACACAGGGAAUUCUCAACGGAAAGACAGAAAUUCAAAUGAAACAGUUCGACCUUUUCGUCUUGCUGCAAAAUAUACAAAAGUUCAAGGUUAUCCAAAAAUUAUGAUUUCUUCAAUGCUCAGUUCUCCAGUUCAUGUGGCUUUCGGUGAACCCAGCGCUUUUGCGAGUUUUGGCAAAACAUCCGGUCGUCGAAAAGUUCGACCUGAGCUCUCUACGGAUCGUUUUCUGCGCCGCAGCGCCUCUCGGCAAAAACUUGGCCAAAGAAUUCAUGAAAAAGUUCCCGAAUGUUAAGAUUAUGCAAGGUACGGUUUCACAUAGUCAUAAAUGAGGACUUCGCUCGUGAAGGAUUCGCGAUGACUGAAACAGGGAUGACAAGUCAUUGUCCAGACUUCAACCAAAGUAAAGAAGAUUUCAUGACAUGCGGAAGCCCUUGUUCGACCUUUGAGUGCAAGGUUUGCCCAUCAAGGCUUCAACUUCAACGGAAUAAAAUUAGAUUAUCGAUCCCAAAACGGGUGAAGAACUGGGACCAAAUCAAGUCGGCGAGAUUCUAAUCCGCGGCCCAAUGAUGAUGGCUGGGUAUAAAUUGGCAGGAGAAACGGAGCCAAAAUUGAAAGAUGGAUGGCUACAUAGUGGUGAGGAAACUGAUUCUGGAACCUUCAUGUCGCAUUGAAAACCCGCGAGCCACAUAUCUUUAAAAGCGGCAUCAACAGUGAAAAAAUUGAGGCGAUGCCGGUCGAGUAGAUGAAAAAGGAAGACUUUACGUUGUGGACCGGAUGAGCGAGAUUUUGAUGGUCGACGGAAAAGCUGUACGUUUUUGGAUAGAAAUAUACUCGUUUCGAGAAACUUUCAAGUACUGAUUUUCUAGGUAUCAGCGCCAGAAAUCGAAGACGAACUUCUGGCGCAUCCCCUGAUUUCGGACGUCGGCAUUUUGGGUUUCCCUAGUUCGAAUGGUAAAGAUAAAGCGCCGUUCGCCUUUAUCGUCAAAAAGGACGAUUCCUUAAAAGAAGAAGACGUUCACAAGUUUUUGAAAGGUUGGGUAUUUUUUUCUACUUCUGUGGACUAAAAAAAAUUGACUACAAACAAAAGUUGGAAGUUUUCUCAUUCAUAAGCUAAUCAACGGAAAUUAAUUUUUCAGAACGUUUGGAGCCACACAAAAAACUGGCCGGGAUUCAUUUCAUCGAGCAAAUUCCGAGAACUCCCGCCGGAAAAGUCGUCAGAGUCAAGCUUCGUGAGAUAAAUGACAAGGUUCCUUUUUUUUUGUUCAAAGACGUAAGUUCGAAAAUAGUUUUUGCAGAGGUAUUUGAUUGACCUUGCUCUGCGCUUUGAAAAAAAAAAUCUGUUUAUCAAUAUUUCAGUUAAAAAAAUGA